AUGGGGCAUAGGUUACAGGAAGAUAAGAUGGUUAGGAAGAGUCUGGAGGACAGUGCUCGAUCGUUAGGACAAAAGGCGGUGACCGCUGAAACAAGAGCCGUGGCUGCUGAGAGUGAUCUUAGGAUAGAGAGGGAGUGGCGAAUAUCAUUGCAGGAUUCAAUGAUACGGGAUCGCGACAAAAUAUCGGCGUUGACACAAGAAAUAGAAUCCAUAAAGUCAAUAGGACAAAAAUAUAUGGCCUUACAAGAAGAACAGCACCAACUUAGAGUUCAAUACAGUGAAGCGCAGAAAACUCUAGAAGAAGUCGGCGCUACGUUAAGUGAGAACAAAUUGCAACUUGCCGAAUUGUUAGAAAAAGAAGCGAGGGCGGUACAAGACGACACUCCAAACUGGACUAGCGAUAAGGACGCCUCAGCUUGUGCGGCGUGCGCUAAAGAAUUCACUAUUGCUAGGCGGAAGCACCACUGUAGAAGAUGCGGCAACAUUUUCUGUGGAGCGUGUAGUGAAAAAACCGUAGCGUUAGCUGGCAAUACCAAACCCGUUAGAGUGUGUGACGCAUGCUUUGUCGAAGUUAGACUUACGUAA